AUGAUUGCUACUGCCGAAAAUCACCGCCAGAUUACAAAACCCAUCGUCGGGCUAAGAAGGGUUCUCGGAGCCAGCCCCCUGGCGGAGGGAGGGGGCUACCGCCGGGGCGUGGGGGCGGAACGGGGGAGGGACUGGCGGAACCCCCGAGCGGGAUGCCGCCUGGGUGAGAGGGGGGGCAAGGUCCGCCUGGCAGAAGUGGGGGACAGGAGCCCCUUCUGCCUGGCGGAGGUGGGAGAAUCGGGCCCCUCCCGCCGGGCAGAGAUGGGGGAAACGCCCCCCUUCCGCCGAGUGCAGACGGGGGAAUUGGGGAAGCGGCUGGGGAGUCUAUGCCCGGCGUGUGGCAAAGAGAUGGGGUUACCAGAGGGCAUGUGGUACCGUGGCGUGCCCUGCACCCCAGUGUCGACCAUCAAGUGCGGGACUGACGGCAAUGCCAUCGGCAUUCCUACACGAGAGGGCUCUUUCUGGAUCCAUCUGCUCCAAUAUUCUCCUCCUCACUUCACCAUCCCUCACCUAACCUCUCACUCCACCCUUAUUCUCUCUACCCCUCCCCCGUUCCCAUCCCCCCUAGAGUCCUACACGAGAGGGUUCUUCCUGGAUCCAUCUGCUCCAAUAUUCCCCUCCUCACUUCACCAUCCCUCACCUAACCUCUCACCCCACCCUUAUUCUCUCUACCCCUCCCCCGUUCCCAUCCCCCCUAGAGUCCUACACGAGAGGGUUCUUUCCGGAUCCAUCUGCUCCAAUAUUGGCCUGCUCACCACAUUGCCCAUCACGCCACUCCUCACAUAUCUACUCUCAUUCCAUCAUUGGCCCCCACCCGCCUUCCCCACCCCACCAACCCAGUCCUCCACGAGAGGGUUCUUCCCGGAUCCAUAUGCUCCAAUAUCGGGCUCCUCACCACACUGCUUAGGCU